GGUAAGUUUUGAUUCAUAUAAAAGCAGCAAACGCCGCAGUAAAUGCUUCAUUGCCUAUCGUCAGUUCAAUUUGUAAGUGUCGAUUGAUUGUGGAAGUGCAUCUGUGGUUAGUAUUCUCUUCGAAGGUGAACACUUGUUCAACAAGCACACGAUGGCCUUCCGUUACGCUUGUAUGUUGCUGACCGUCGCUCUGUGUGCAACCCCAGCCCUAUCCUACUCGGUCGGUGCUCCGUUGGAAGCCUGUGCAGACAUGGUCCCUCACCAUCAUGCUGAACCGCAGAAAUCGAUUGCUCCGUAUAAAAUCAUGCUCGACAAGGUGCAAGCCUCAUCCGGCGAGAGCGUAACCGUCACCGUACAAGGAAACACUCCACAAGACACCAUCAAGGGUCUACUGUGCCAGGCACGGGUCGGUGAAACCCCGGUAGGAACAUUUGACAUCCCGGCCACUAAUGAAUACGUCCAAACUCUAGACUGCAGUAACAUCAAAAAGUCUGCCGUCACCCACAAGAGGAUCGCCACUGCUCCGAAUAGCAUUUCCUUCAACUGGAUUGCUCCCGAUGGACUCGAUGAAAACGUCAAGAUGACCUGCACCAUUGUCCAGAGUGGACGUGUUUUCUGGGUUAAGGAGCAAGCUGAUGAUCUGAAGGUCAAUUAAACGACAUAGUCGUGUGACCAAAGCGGUUGUUUCCUAUAAGAAAAAAACUACAUAGGAACGCUGUGAUUUAACCACCAAUAUGAUUAGAUCCAUACGUUUAAUAAAAAAUAUGUUAUUGGCCAUAAAUA